AUGGAGGGCCUAGCCACCGCCCUGCUGAACAUCCACGACGCAAUGGGCCAACCCGACCCCAACUCCCUUCAGAAUGCCGUUCAACCGAUCGCGAAAACCUACGCGCUAAUAUUCUUUUUUCUGACCGAGUUCAUGGACUGGUAUGUCCGGCGGUCCACGUGCCAACUGCUGAACAUCCAUAGCCAAGAUGUCUACUCCGAGUUCCACCACUUGGUCAUCUUCACACAACGCCAGGCCCAGAGCCUUCCCUGGCAACACGAGGACACCAAUAUGGAAGAGGAGGACUCGGAUCCGUAUAGCGCCCGGGCGCUAUGGGAGGAAGCCCGACUGAGCCAAGUCGGGCGUCGAGGAACGGAGCGUCGAAUUGCUGCCCAGAACACCAUCACCCGUCGACUCCUCUGGGAAAUCCAACAAGAUGCAGAGGAGCGUGCUCGGUAUCGGGAGGGUCGGGAUCGGUUAUUGGCAGAGACUUUGAGCUCGGUGCGCGAGCAACUGGAGCCCGUUAGCGAGCAGAGCACUGGGAUUGUCUGCAUGACCACACCCCCUACGCCUAAUAUUGAUACAUCAUCCUUUGAAUGGUCCAGAGGAUCCAAGCGUCGUCUAGCACGCCUCGAGAUUCAAAGUUCCUCCAAACACCUCCAGGAUUUCUUCGACAGCGAUGAUCAGAUUUGCGACUAUGAGCCGGAUGUUAAAGUAGUCGCCGAGGGAAGUGUCGUUGCUUCUCUUCAGCAAUGGGCUACUAGUCCACGGUCUCAAGCUCUGGCAGUGGGUGGAACCCAGCCUCCCUCGUCCGACAACCCAGUCGCUCUGAUUUCGGCCUGCUAUGCCUCGUUCGCCCGUCAAGCUCGAUUACCGGUGGUCUCUCACUUCUGUGCUUUGCCCACCCAAGAGGUUAAAGGACUUAGUCUCCAGGAGCAGGGGCUGGUGGCCCUCACCUACAGCUUGAUCCGGCAGUUGAUCGACUGGCUUCCCCCAGUGGUAGAUAGCGAUGCCGUGCUCGAUCUCAGUGCAGAGCGGUUCCGCCAGUUAGACGGAACCCUCACCAGCUGGAAAGCAGCUCUGUCGCUAGUCGACACCCUCCUCCAAUCCGCCCCACCACUCCUCGUCUUUAUCAUCGAUGGCCUGGACGCUAUCCAUGAUGCGGCCACUGACGGCGCCAUCCGCGACCUCGUCCGCGUAUUACUUACACACACCCGUCGCCAGCCCCAAGGCGGUCUCAACGGAGGUCCAACCCUCCUAUUGAAAGUCCUAUUUACCGUUACGGGCCGACCCAGCGCACUGGUCGAGACGAUGUCCGAGCACCAACUUGUCCUCAACGAGUCCACGGACCAACGCACGCCCUCCGAACCGGUUUUGACGGACCUCGGAGCGGUCAUGAUGAAUGCAUAA